AAUUGGGUCAAAUUGGUGAGUUGUUAGCGGUGCUAUGAUUGCCCAUGAUUGCAUACAUGACGAUUAGACUUAACAAUAGUAUCAAUCAAUCAAAGCAGUCUACCACGACCCCAAGAUCACUUGAACUCCCUCAAGAAUCAAGACGAGAAAUCAAUAUUUAGCGGCGGAAAAUGCUAGGCAAUAUAUCAACCCUUAUUGCGCCGUAUUCCCGUACUCGGUAACCUAUCAAACGACACACAACAGAGGGACACAAGAUAGAAGUCCAAUGAAGUUUAGUUUAGUGAUGUUGUCUCCCUGACCAAGAGAGUGAGGAGGAAGCCUGAAUUCUGGAAUGGAAUGGGGAGCGAAAGUCGGUCUGUAUGUGGGCGUUGCCCUCACAUUCGCGCUGUUUACUGCCAUCCUUGUAGCACGGUUUCUAUGGCAACGGAAACAGAAACCUAAGAACCCGUACUCCGUUGCCAGUGGCAUUCUGGGACAGGUUGGGAUAUCCCACCAUGCCCCGGAAUUCACUAUUCCUCUCAUGGUCCCCUUGUUGAUCCAAGACUCAUUUACAUGUGAGGAAGAGCCUGCAGUAGAAGAAAAAGUGGCUUCACCACUGAACAAGCGCAGGCGCAGUUUCACGUGGCAGGGAACGCCCAUUUUCGUCCAGCCGACCGAACAGCGUGAAGACAGUAAUUUUUUGACUGUGGAGAGUUCUGAUGGCCCACUAAUAAGGCGCCUACAGUCAAUUACAGAUCUGUCCAUGUUUCCGGGCGAACAAUCGUCCGAAUCUCGGACAGAAACUCCCGGACCCUGGACAAGCGGUGUCCGGCGAGAGUCGCUGUUUUUCUCAGCAUCCGGGACCUCAAUCCUUCGCCGUCCCCGGAGUAACACUACAGAGAGCGACGUGGCUUCUCCUGUGUCGCCAAUAUCGCCAACACAUGACCGCGCAGCGUCAAUUACGUCCACGAGCUCAUGCGAAAACCUUCACGCGUCCAUCACGACCAAGCGUAUUCACACUCUUAGCACAGCCAGCACGGACUCCGAACCAGAACAAGGGCGCAGGAUCUCUCAAACCACUCGCAGUGCGCAUCUUAGUCUGCGCAAGAUGACUAGUAUGCCGGACGGGUGCUCCGGACCCAAGCCACGCCCUCCCCUUAAGAAGCGAUUCAGUGAGAUCCAUCGCCGCACUUCUAGUGAUAGCCUCGGAGUCAGCACGGCGAACCCUAAGCCCACUAAACCGCUGCCCUCGACGAAGAGAGGGAAGAUAAUGCUGACUAUUGGUUUUAACGAGGAGAAGAAGCAGUUAGUGGUGCACUUGGUCAACGCCGUGGAUUUACCGAUGAAGAAUAACAACUUGUUGGAUUCCUUUGUGAGGUUGCAUCUAUCCAUGCCUAUGAAACAACACAGGCUUCAAAGCAAGGUUCACAAGAAAACUUGCAACCCAAUCUAUGACGAGAAGAUAAUUUUUGAAGAUGUGGACCUGACUCAGCUACUUCAAUCCACUUUACGACUCAAAGUCACUAACAAGGAGAGCGGGUUCACACGUGGCGAGGUGGUAGGCGAGGCAUUGAUCUUCCUCUCAGACAAGGGGGUUUUACGGAACACGAUAAUGGCCAAGGACUUACUGCCCAAGAGUUCGGGCAUUACAGAAGAGGAUGGGUUGGGAGAGGUGUUGCUCUCCGUUUGUCAUUACGCGACCUCGGCUCAAGUGAAAGCUGUCGUGCAUCAGAUCAAAGACCUCGCCAAGUCUUGCAAAAAUCCCACCAUUUCCAUCGAGCUCACACACAAAGGAGAGACCAUCCAAAAGCAGCAAACACGAUCGAAGAAAACCAAGAAAAACUCGGACUCGGAAGAGUUCAAUUUCCACAUCCCAACCACAAGCGCGUGCACACUGGACAGCUAUAGUCUACAGUUUUCGCUUUUCAAUCAAGAUUUACUGAGGGGGGCAGUGUGCAUCGGCUAUGUCGUACUAGGACAGGACGCGCCAUUUCAGUCAGAAGUUGAUUUCUGGCGCGCUGUGGUCAAUUGUCCGCAUGAACCAAUCACAGAGUGGCAUAAGUUUCAUAAAACGCCGUAUUAGGCGGUUGGUACCAUAUAAGGAAACAAUUAGUAAGAUAUUUGUAGUAUGUUUGUAGUAUAAGUGCUGUAAGAUAGAUAUAUGAGGUAAGAAGACGCUGGGCCAUAGAUUUGAAGAAUCGUAGCUUGCAUGCAUAUGCACUGGAUUACAGCCAUCCUUUGUUUUUAAAGCCGCAUUGUCACCAGUUUACUUCAGGAGGUCCGACGGAAACCACAACCGUUAAAA